AUGAAACCCUCCAUGGCCAAUCUGCCCGAAGGCCACGGCUCUGUGUACAAAGAAGUCCGGUUCUCGCCAACGGCAACACCGCUCCGCCGAGCUCAAUCGGUCUCAGGCAGUAACCCCUCGGCGAACUCCAAAUAUGUCCAAACACCGGUGUACGGACGAAACUUCCCAGUCCUGGAUACUUCAUAUAUCGACCAGUCACGCGACCUUCUUGAGAAGCAACGGGCGAAUUUUCAGGCGGAAAGGGAGCUUUUUGCGCAAGAACGACGACUCUGGGAGACAGAGCGGUCGCUAUUGAAGGCUAGGAUUGCUGAAUUAGAAUUGGUCAAGUCUCCAAGAGCAAACUCCAACACCACAGUACCUCGUUCUGCCGGAGUGCUUUUUGGGGGCCCGCAAUUUAAUGGGGCCCGCGAUUCGUUAUUGCACUCGGCUCAGGUGUGGGAAGGAACAAGCCCAGGAGGGCGACCAACAAGAGUCUUCCUCAACGAAGAGACCCCAGACAGUCUCCACCUGUCGACAAUCAACGAGGGGAGUGACAACAACCCCCCGUCCCUAGACGCAGCCCUUUCUCCACAGACACGGGCUGCAGACGCACCUGGAGUGACCGUUAGCGUCCCGGUGCCGAUCGAGAAGCUUGAUAGCAGACUAGAUGGAAUUACCCUCAAGUCAACUGGCUUACCACCUGGGGUCGUAGCCCGGGUGAUCACUCCACCAUCGCCGUCGCCCCUGACCACAUCCCCUCCUGCCCCUUCCGACCCUGCAAGGCCUGACAUGGAUCACCGAAACAGUCUCAAGUUGAAGCUGUCAGAACUCGGCCCACCCAAUGAAAACCUCGUUCGGGACGCUGGACACACCCCGAUGGUGGUCAUCGAGGCCGACGGGAGCCGCCGAUCCACCCAGGACGCUACUCCAGCUCCCGAGGCUCAAUCUCAGGAGGAGGCCCCACUGGCACCUGUGCAUACGGAGGUCGGUCUGCCGACAGAGAAUGCGGAGUCGUAUUUCCCCGAUCUGCCUGAAGAUCCUGCCCUGAAGGGGCCGCUUGGUCUCACCAACGAUGAAGAACACGACAGUAGCUUCCUGAAUGAGCUUGACCAGAAACUCCUGGAUCAAGCUAGGCGGAUCCUAGGUAACUCAGAGGAACCGGAGGAGCCCAAUGAGACCGAACAUGAGCAGCCUACUCAGGGUGAACAGGAACCAGAAUUCAAGUUCAAAAAUUCCACUAACUUCGGCACAGCCUUUGGUAAAUCGAAUUGCGGUAAAUUUUAA